UAGUCCCCAGCCCCCCCUAAUUUCCAGCAUGUACGAUGUUCAUAUAGUAGCAUGCACAAUUGAUAUUCAACCCCAUGCCGCAACUAUUGAUGUACAAACCAAUCAACUACUGGGUCUUUCCCCACCCCUGGGCCGGUUGCUUUCAGGGAAUGGGAAGUAUGGUCCGCGCCGGAAGAAGAACCCAAAUGGGAUAUUUGGUCACCGCCAUCAGCAAGUGCAUUGCAUCAUGAAAAAUGGCUUGUCUCUCCUUUCGCAAGUGGGGCACAGCAUCCCACCAACUGGUGCAUGAAUCAAGACCGAGCAUCAUGCUAUGGACUAUCUCUUCUGGAAGUGUAAUUCACGCUUAGCUCCCAACAAUGUUCAGUCCUUUCUAAUCAUCACGUCAGAUUUUUUAUGCAGCAGAUUGGAAUAAAUAUUGUCUUUCCCCACCCAACAUUGAACUUUGUUGGGGGCCUGGGCAGAGCUCCGCCACGUCCGAGGGAGGUUCUGUGCAGUCGUGACCGAUUUGAAUCGGCUCUAUCAAGGGCCUAUGCCGCAGUUCUAUGGACAGGUGGACAGCUCGGCGCCGACGGUGGUGGGUUUAAUCGGAGCGUUGGAAAUACCACCAUUUCGCAGCAGCUUCUGCAGUGGCAUCUUGGUAUAAACUUAUGGCCGCUUGCAAUGGCGCUCACCUGCUCUCUGAUUUUGCUGGCGUUAUCGAUGCGCGUGACAAACGGGAUGCAUGGGCAGAACUGUACAAUGCCUAUCGAUAGCGCUGGCGUUCUGCAGAUCAUUUGGCUGACGAGUCGCCUCCGUGUACUACCAGAUCUCGUAAGUGACGUGGAAGGUCCACGAGAGGAUAUCCUUCGUGCUGCUGGGAUGGUCGAUGUGGACCUGCUGCAGGAGUUGAAUAGCGUGCAAGUGGAUGAUAGUUAACAAUAGUUACUAAUACAAAAUUUCCCUGAGGUCAGACAUGGUUAUGUCUGGCAGUGUCGGGAGCAUCGCGCGCUGGAAUGAUCAGCUGUAAAUCCUGCCCUGUAAUCAUAUAGAACUUGAUAUCUGUUGCUCCGAUUCGACGUCAUAGAUCGACCGAUUCAUAUAUUCUUCCAAACCUCAUACGUGUCCGAAGCCAGCAUCUCCGACCUGGCUUUGAACGGAACGCGUUUCCUCACACCCGCCCAUUGCUGAGCGGCAGUACAUCGGGCAAAGAGUUGGACAAUCAUAUCUUCUUGACCGCGUUGUCUCCGUCGUCCCUUGCUCUCCUCUGCUUGGU